AUGGCCACCGAACUCACUGUCCAGUCGGAGCGCGCUUUCCAGAAGCAGCCUCACAUCUUCCUUAACCACAAGGUCGGCGGACCGCGCAAGAACACCCGCUCCAGGAGAUGGUACAAGGACGUUGGUCUGGGCUUCCGUACGCCCAAGACCGCCAUUGAGGGUACCUACAUCGACAAGAAGUGCCCUUUCACCGGCAUGGUCUCCAUCCGUGGCCGUAUCCUUACCGGCACCGUUAUGUCCACCAAGAUGCACCGCACCUUGAUCAUCCGCCGUGAAUACCUCCACUUCAUUCCCAAGUACUCCCGUUACGAGAAGCGCCACAAGAACCUCGCCGCUCACGUCUCGCCCGCUUUCCGUGUCGAGCCCGGUGACCAGGUCGUCGUUGGCCAGUGCAGGCCCCUCUCCAAGACCGUCCGCUUCAACGUCCUCCGUAUCCUCCCCCGAAAGGGAAAGGCUGCUAAGCAGUUCAACAAAUUCUAG